CCAGUGGAAAGUUUCAUCGUCACUGACGUCGUCGCGCAGCCAAGGGACAACAAUCACCCAAGAGAACGAGCUGAACUCAACACGCAGAAAUGGGUCGCUUAACAGUACUGUUACUCUGUCUGGCUCUUAUGGUGUCAGUUUUGGCAAGACGAGGGAGUGGCGGUAAAGGCGGAUUCAGCUGGGGCAAAAGUGGCGGAAGCUCAAACAAAGGUGGAAGCAGCACAGGAAGCCGAGGUAGCAGCAGCAGUAGCAGCAGCAGCAGCAAUAAAGGCACUAAAUCACGUGGGACACACUCGUCCCCUGGAGACUAUCCUCGGCAACCUCAAGUACCAAAGCAGAAUCCACCGCCCUACCCUGGUACUGGAGGCGGGUAUCCAGGGCAGGGCAGAUAUCCACCAGCAGGCUCUAACCCAGGUCAAGGAUACCCUAACCAAGGUAGCUACCCAGGACGUGGUGGCAAUCCGGCCCAAGGUGGCAAUCCGGCCCAAGGUGGAAAUCCGGCCCAAGGUGGCUAUCCGGCCCAAGGUGGCUAUCCGGCCCAAGGUGGUUACCCGGGCCAAGGUGGUUACCCAGCUCAAGGUGGUUAUCCACAAGGUAACUACCCAGGGCGUAGUGGUUACCCAGGACAAGGUGGUUACCCAGCACAAGGUGGUUACCCAGGGGGAGGAUCAUAUCCAGGAGCAGGUUCGUACCCCAACAGGUACCCUGGACAAGCCGGAGGAUAUGGAAAUCCUUACCCAGCUGGAGGCUCUUAUCCAGGUUAUCCAGUCCGUGGAGGUUCCAGCCCUAACCAGUUUGGUGGAGGUUUUGCAGGAGCAGGUGCAGGUGCAGGUGCAGGUGGAUAUCCAGGAGCGGCACAAUAUCCUUACUGGAACCCCAACAACAAAAUCAUGAGCCCAAGCUACGGUGGCAACUACGGUAGUUAUGGGUAUGGCGGCAGAUCACCUUUCGCCCAGUCAGUGCAGAGCAUGGGUAUGGCCCCUUCAAUUCAAUCAAAGGGGUUUGGCAAGCAGGCGAUUUUGGCUGCUGGGGCUGGGGCGGUGGCUGGUAUGGCUCUGGGAUAUGGCCUCGGAAGUUUCCCCCGCCCCCGUUUCAAUUUCCACAACCCACAGGAGGAAUACUACUACAAUAACUACAUGUACAAACGUUACGGCCAACCUCCCCCUGACGGUAACGUGAACAUGAAUGGGAACACUAACUCUCAAGGUCGAAGCCCAGGCGAUGCAGGAUCGACCUCUGCCGGACAAGGAAACGUUAACCCUCAUGACAUCUUCCAAAAUCCUCCACCGCAGUCCUAUGAUAGCUUCAUGGACAAGUGUAUGAAGAGGACAGACUUGCUUCGAGAGAAACCGGAAGGAAGAUCGAGGAGAUCCACUGACUUAGUUGAGGCUCAAGCAGCAGAAGUAGGCGAUGAUCCUACUGGUGCUCAAGAAAACACCACAAGCAACAACAGCACUGCAGAAAGAGACAUAUCCGGAACCUCUUCAUUUGUAACAUCAAGCCCGCCCGAAACACCCAGUCAACCUCAAAAGCAGACCCAGGAAAGAAAAGCAGAAGCUGAUGAUGACGAUGACGAUGACACAGUUAGCAUAAUGGAGAUUGGCUAUCCUGUGCUAAUUGAGCAAUUGAAAGCACGCCGUUGUGUCGAGCUCUACAUGGCCUAUGCUGAACAGCAUGCAGAAAAACAGGUGCAAGAUCGCAGUAACAUAGAUGAUGGAUCCAGCAACAGUAGUGGUGACAUACCUGGACCCUUCAGCCAUGGAGUUAUGCUACUCUUUACUAGCAUUCUGUCGCUUAUCUUCCGUUCCCUUCUACACUAAAAUUCUGGAAAAAGUUACACACAUAGCCAUUGAGUCAAACUGAGAAAUGGACCGUUCACACCCAUCACGUUAUCUGAGGAAUUUGUCUAGGCUGUUUAGAGACUUUGGACAAGGUAUUCUCGAAAGACUACUUGAAGAUUCAACAGAAAGUACUGACACUUCUCACAAUGACUCCUGUAUAUUUACUCUACUAAAUUGCAACAUGAGCCACCUAACAAUUUGUCAUGAGCCCACAUCUCAAAGCAAUUUCCAAAGGAGCUAAAAACAUUUGCAUACAUUUACUUUUUAGAGUGUUCACAUUCCAUCACUGCCACGUUCUUGCAUGUGUUUUGGUGAACACUAACUUUUCCUCCAAGACAGCGUAACGCAUGUCGCAUGAACCCUUUAUUAUCUUCAGUUUAAACAAAAUUGUGCAUGGCAUUGGCUUUUGACUUAUUGUUUUCCACUGGCAACAGCAAUUACAACUAACCAUGAUUAUUUUGUUGUAGAAUAGAAUGAUGGCUUCCAGUUCUGUUCUCAUGGCAGUUCUUUUGAGAACAGUUCUGUUCUCUGUUCGGAUGGCAAACCUAUAUGUGUAGUAAAAUUGUGUUGUAGUGUUAACUUUGAUUGUUUGGACUGUUAACUUAGGGAUUAACUUUCUACUGAUGUAUUUAUAUCUUUUAAAUUAUAAUUAUAAACAUGGUUUUUCACAGUCCUCCACUGUUAGCUUUGUUAUUUUUACUUUUUAGGGGCCAUUCACAAAGAAUGUGUUUUUGUAUAAACAUAGACUAGGCGGACAUCUUUAAACACUGACUCUUUUGAAGUAAAAACAUAAACACUGCAUUUUUAAAAUGCAGUUAUCAAAUUAAAAAACAAUUUGAAACACACAC